AUGGUUCCGCUCAGUGGCAGCAAUCACGGCGAUGCAACUGCGAGAAUGAUCCUAGUAGCAGAAUCUCCUUUCCUAGCACAAGCAACGGAUCCUCGACUAGCGUUCCGCGAAGCCGAAAGCCAAGUCCGGAACAUGGUUCUGGACAUUUGCGGCACCUCUCUUCAAGAAGAGAAAACGCCACCGGUAGUUGUCAAUGCUGCCUUGGCGAUACACCUAUACGGCCAUUAUUUCAUCGACUGGUAUGAAAGAAAGGCGCUCAAGGGUGUCAUCAACCGGUUCAGCGACGCUCGUGCCUGGUCUGUACCGAAACAGUUACAAGACUUCCAAUUAUCCCCAUAG